AGGCUGGGCUGUCCUGCAGGGUGUGGGGAGUGCCAGGAACCGAGAGGGAGGAGGAUGAGGUGCAUGAAACCUAAAUGAACAUCGCUGGGAAGUGACUGUGCACUGGAAUGAACUGGUUUGCAGUGGGAUGGCAAAGAGCAAAAUGAGAUGGAAGGAGGAAAUGAACCAGGGGAUCCCUUUGCUGCCCACCAUGAGCACAUGAGGCAGGUGAUGAGGAGCUUCUCGGAGCCUUUUGGACUCAGGGAUCCCUUCCUGAGCCUCCCCGAGGGACAGGAGAGAGCGACUGAGAGGAGAGCGGAGGCCAGAGGCCAGCACGACUCGAGGGUGGCCACCAGGGGACCCGGCAGGGCCACCAGUUUCUCCCUCAUGCCCUUUGCAGGUUUUGGGAGAGGGCAGGAUGUAGAUUUUGGGGAUCCAUUUUCUGCAAUGGACAGGAUGAUGUCAAACAUGAGGAACAGCAUGCUGGAAAUGCACAGGAAAUUUGAUGACCUGUCCAUCCAGCCCAGUGGAGGACACAGUUUCAGCUCCUCCUCCAUGAUGACUUAUUCCAAAGUGGGGGAUGAGCCCCCCAAAGUGUUCCAGGCCUCAGCCCAGACCCGCACGGCUCCAGGAGGGAUAAAGGAAACAAGAAGAGCACUGAAGGAUUCUGAAAGUGGCCUGGAGAAAAUAGCCAUUGGUCACCACAUUCAGGAUCGGGCUCAUGUUGUCAAAAAAUCCAGGAACUCCAGGACUGGGGAUGAGGAGAUGAACCAAGAAUUCAUCAACCUGGAUGAAUCUGAGGCUGCCACAUUUGAUGAGGAGUGGCAGAAAGAGAUCAUGAAGUUCAGGCCUUGCCGAAGCAGGGAAGCUGUGGAAAACCCAAGACUCCGAAGUAUCCAUUACAGCCCCAGAGAAAGUGGAUCAAGAAGAGAGAAACCACUUGGAGCUCCAGGAUCCAGAAUGCCCAGAGAUUCCCUGGAGACACUGAGUGUGAAAGGAACACACGUUCCCCUGAAGGGCUCCAAGAAAUAACUGUCCCCAGUGCCUCGGGGUGGAGAUUCCCUGGAGCAGUGAUGGUGCUCAGUGCUCGUGUCCAUAAAAUACACCCGGAUUUGUGACCAAUCUCUGUUCUGUGUUGUGCCUUGGCUGCUUCUGAAUGUCCUUCAAACCUCAGCUCCCCACUCAAUGCAAAGCCAACAACUCUCUGCCUAAAAAGCACUUUAUGGAGCAUCUCUAAUCCUGCUAAAACCAGCUUGGAUUUGCAGAGUUGUUGUGCUCCAGCUGCAUCAAACUCAGGCUUUACUAAGCCUGGUAUUGCAGCUCCUCCUUCCCACUCUAACUUGCACACAAAGUAAAUUUCCUUUAUUUUGGGUUGCUGAAAUAAUGACUGAUUUUCUAGAACUCGAAUAUACUAUAAAACACUAUUAUCUAUACCUUUAAAAUCAUAUUAUCAAUUUUUACAGAACCCCCACACUCACCUUGGUGUAACAUCAAGUGAGAGGAAAUGCUGAAAUAUGGCAAUACUUUAAAUUUAUCAGAGCUUUUAUGUUAAUAAGCUGUGCUUGCCCCUCAUUUCCUGUGCCUGAAUUGUCAGCUGUAUUCCUGAUUGUUUGUUUUCUGUGGAGUUGGCCCAUCAAUUUCCAUUUUGAGGAUUGUCUGUAGUAUUUAAUUACUUUCAUUAUCCUGCAGUAAUAACAGUGUCCUGAGAUCAGCUGCAACUAGGAGUUACUCAUGGGAAAAAUGAGUUUAACUGGAAUGAUUUCACCAUUUCUUGUGUUCUAAAGAGCCCUGGAUACAGGAACCCCUUUCCUUCUGUGUUUUUUGUGUUUUACUGAGGGUAGAAUGACCCCAAAUCUACAUUUGAUAGGAGUUUAGAAGAGCCAGCAGUGUCUGAGAGCAGCAAAGUCCUGGGAUUCCAGGUAUAGCAGAAAGCAUUUCUGUAAAUUAAAUAAUAUAAAUUAAUAACAUUAAAGCAUUAAAUAAACUCAAGGCUCCAUUAUAAUGUAGCCUUUAAAAGUACUGUUUGUAUCAUAAAAUAGGGUUUAGUCAGUUAAGAGUAAUAUUUGGCCAGAAAGCCUCUAAAUCAUAUUUAAUCUUCCUGCAGUUUGCCCAGAUUAUUUAAUUUUAAUUAAUGAAUGUUUAUUAAUGUGCAAACUCAAUCAGCAGCACUUUUGUUGAGCUCUGAAAAGGGAAGGACAAAUUAUUUGCUUGUGGUCUCUUCCUGAAUUAGAGAAGUAUCAGUGGCAAUAAGUUGAUGUGAUCAAUAUUAAUGGCAAUAAUUGAAUCAUUUAAUGAGCAGUGAAGGUCAGGGGGGCUUGGACACCCCUCAAAGUCAGAGCUCAACCCUGGGCUCAUCUUCCAUCCCCUGGAGACAACGUGGAUUCUGCAAUUAAUUCAUUAGAUAAUCUCAGUAAUUAACAGCUGCAAUCUUUUCUGUGCUGGAAUUUGAGCAGGAAUCUUGGAGAGCUGCUGCUGUUACAUGGAAGAUUCACCUGACAACUCGGAUUUUUGUGUGAAAUAAAACAAAAAUUUUGAAAUGACAAUGGGAAGAGGUGAAUAUUCCCUCCAGAUUCCUUUGCUACACCAAGACUGUUCUCCAGUGUUGUGCUCUGUAAAAGCAUCUGGAACUGCAAUUCUUUAAUAAAGUUAUUUAUUAUUUA